AUGCCCUCGCAGCCGGGCGGUGGUUCGCCGUGUGUCGGCUUGCAGCUCUCCGUCUUUGACACAGACGGGCGGCUUGCCUGCAGCUUACAGUCCAUGACGUGGAAGCACAGUUGCUCAAGCGCCCACGAAUGCAGGUCGUACAAGCGAUUUGUGCAGCCCUUCGUGGAGCAGGGGCUUGUGACCUACCACGAACGUUUCCCGUAUCAGGUGUCUCCGAAGCUGGGCCUUGCCGCUGAAGCCAAGGAGCUGAGAAAACAACGCGGCCACAUGCUUUUGGAACCACAUGCUUUGGAGCUAUGCAUUUGGGAGAACAGACAGGUGUCUGACUGGGUGGUGGUCAUUCACUCCUUCGAGGAGUAUCUCCACUCGCGCAUUCUAGCCGAGAAACUGCAGGAUUUGCCCUUGGGAACCUGGAUCCAGCAGUGGGCGAAUGAGGUUCCUGGGACUGUGGUCUUUGAGCUUUUCCAGGAACCCAUGGGUGGCCCCCGCAGAGCUGGCCGCAGCAUUUUCACCACUUGGACACAGAAGCGAGGUGUGGAAAUGAGUCGUGAUCCAGGCUUGCGAGGGCUGGAAGCAGAUUCACAGCAUUUUCAAUCCUUUGCUUGGAUUGUUGAUCCUGUGAACGUUCUGCAAACUGCAGUGCAUUUGGCCCAGCCAAGAGCUCAUGGUCAAAGCAUUGUCUCCUUGCACGUGGAUCUCCUUCGUGUGAACCACUACUUGGACCUUGGCCGAAAUGCUUCUCGAUGUUUGGAAGAGCUGGGUGGCUGCCAUGUCCUUGACGAAUCCCUCACUUGGGCGGAGGAGACUGUGCUAGAGCGGCGAGGAAAAAAGAAGAUGGAGCUCCACAGGAAGUAG